AUGGCAGACAGAUCCCUGGGUUCUGGCAAUCCCACCUCUCACAAUCAUCAGGACAAAUCCGGUCUUGGAGAAAACAAAAAUGCAUCAUGUUCAUUUUCUAUUGAAAGCAUUUUGGGGAUGGAGCAGAAAAAAGAUGGCACUCCAGCUGCAAAGCCUCACAGGCCAUGGGUGGAUAAAUGGAAUAAUUUAGGAGAGGAUUGUAAUCCUCGUUUGCGCAUCCCUGCUAUGUCCUAUGCAGUCCCAUUGUUUCAUGCAAGCAACUACCCAGAUGUGGAAGAAAGAGUUCUGAAAUGUGAAAACUAUUUUGCAGUCAAUGAAAGGCUUUCUUACAAAAGGGAAUUGAGUUGGUAUCGAGGUAGGAGGCCAAGGACUGCAUUCACUCGAAAACAGAUUGAACUGCUGGAAAAUGUUUUUAGAGUGAAUUCUUAUCCUGGAAUUGAUGUCAGAGAAGAACUCGCCCAAAAAUUAGAUUUAGAUGAAGAUAGAAUCCAGAUCUGGUUCCAGAAUCGCCGGGCAAAAAUGAAGAGAUCACACAGAGAAUCUCAGUUUCUAGUGGUGAAAAAUGCUUUCCCACAAAAUAUGAUAAAAUAGGAUGAAUCUGCAAAAAUCGCUUGUAUAUUGUAGCAUUUUGUGAAGUGUUCAUAAACUCAAUAUAGUAUUAAAGAAUUUUCACAUUAUUUCUUAAAAUCUACUAGGAUGUGUUUCAAGUAGUUUUCAAAGAGUUUAAUAAUUUUACUGUGGAAAAUAAACUGAGAAUACAACUGUUGCAUGAUUCCUCUUAAUAUUUAAUUUGGCAAUAGCAUUUCCUUUAACAGUUUUUAUAUAUAUACAAAAAGAAGCAGUAGCAAAGCUAUUUUUUUAGUUAACUGACCAAAGGUGGUGAUGCACUUGUUCUGCUGCUGGGAUAAAUUAUAAAGAUUUUAUGGACAUCAGUGGAGCUUUACAAUUUUACAAGAGAUGCUAUACAUUACUCUUUUGUGGUUGUUGUUUCAUUACUGUAGAAAUUUGCAAAGUCUGUGAAAUCAGGAUUCCUGCAGGACUGUAGGUGGUCCUGAGGGCUAGUUUAUCUUCAGGUGGUUUUCUUUUUCUUUGAAAGACAACAGAAGCAUUAUAUGAGGCGGGGGGGAGGAAAGGGGCUUUUGUUGAAAAAAAGAGUAAAAAGCCACAUGUGCUACAUUGUUUGCACAGUUGUCUGGACUGUCACUAUAUUUAAGAGGAGGAGAAAUGUCAAAAACA